AUGGAUUCCUCUGUUUUUCGCUCCAGGAAUUCUGAUAAUUUUUCCUCUGAUUCAUCCUUUGGAUCACCAGAAUCUUUUCCAUGUUGGGAUGUAAAAUUCUUGGAGGAAAAUUCACUUCCUUUCAAUGAAAAUGAUUCUGAAGAAAUGCUUCUGUUUGGUGUUCUAGCACAAGCUGCACAAGAAGAAAAUUCUGAAUCAAAUUCAUCUGAUCAUCAAACAAAAGAAGAUGAAGUAAACUCAGUCCCAGACGAAAAACCCACCAAGGAAAAGUCUUACAGGGGCGUAAGAAGAAGGCCAUGGGGGAAAUUUGCAGCUGAAAUAAGGGAUUCUACAAGGAAUGGAAUAAGGGUUUGGUUAGGAACAUUUGAUACUGCAGAAGCCGCUGCUUUAGCUUAUGAUCAAGCGGCGUUUUCGAUGCGCGGCCAGGCUGCGAUUAUGAAUUUUCCUGUGGAAAAGGUGAGGGAAUCACUGUGUGAAAUGAAGUGUAUAACUGAGGAAGAUUGUUCACCUGUUAUUGCUUUGAAAAGGAAACAUUCAAUGAGGAGGAGAAAUGGGAACAAGAAGAGCAAGGCGAGGGAAAUUAAGGAGGAAAAUGUGGUGGUGUUUGAGGAUUUGGGUGCUGAUUAUCUGGAACAACUUUUGAGUACAAGUGAAAAUGGUAAUUUCUUGUGUACUUAG